AUGGAGGAAAGCAUGCCGCAUUUGGCCUUUUUGGCAGGAUCUAGCAACAUAGAUGUUUCCAACGGCCAAGGCAUGGACGCUUUAAUGGAAGAUGUCAAGCAACGCGGCCUCCAGCUUGAGCUCGAUCGCCUCCGUGACAUGCACGAGGUUUACACCGAUGCUGCGGAUGGUAAAUACACACUGGCUCCAAUCAACUGGAAGAAGCCUGGCCUCCGGGUUCUGGACUCUGCCACCGCCGAUGCCGUCUGGAUCCAAGAUGCUCAAAAGCUGGCCGGCGACGUCGUGGCCACGCAGACGUGGGUUGGUACGGAUCUUGUCGGCGAGUUGUUCCCCAACCCGAUUCCGCCGAACAUCACCUUUGCCAAACAGUCCAUCACAGAGCCUUGGCCCCAGGAGUGGCAGGGAAGCUUCGACCUCGUGCAUCAGCGCCAGGUUCUCGGUUUCUGCGGAGACUUCCCGAUCAAGCAAGCGGUUGCCAACCUUUGCGCGCUUGCGAAGCCUGGAGGUUGGGUGGAGCUGGUCGAGCUCAACGCCGAUCAGACCAUCCUCGGCGAGGCGACCGUUGCGCGGGAAUUCUUCGAUCUUCUCGAGCAGAUCUGGCAGAUCAAGAACAUGGGCGGCAACUUCGGGCAGGAUCUGAAGAGGUACAUGGAAGAGGCUGGACUGGAAGACGUUGAGGAAACUCUCCUCCGCAACAAAGUCGGCGUCAAGGCGUUGCCUGGUAAAAUGGAUAGCAGUAUCAACGGUGCUCUUGGUGCUGGUCCAAUGAUCAUCGCGAUGGCCAAAACUUUGCCGAUCAAAGGUUUUACACAGGAGCAACUUGAUACCCUCUACGAGCGAACUGAGAAGGAGAUGCGUACUAUUGGCAGCGAGUUUGACAGCUUUGCAGUCCGCGGCCGUGUCCCGACUGGUGGAUUGAAGCCUCGCAUUUGAUGUAUGAGCCCGGCUCUCCUGAGCGGUCGUAGAACCUAAUCUCCUGUUCAGUAGAUAAGACAUAUCCCAGAAGUACAAUGAAUGAAUUGAUUUCACGCCAAUCAUCU